CAAAAAGGAGGCCUUUAUAAUCUUUCCGAGGGGUGGGGUCAGGAACGAGUUUCUUCCAUUGGCCCUAAUUCGGCUUCACAAACGGCCAAUAGGAUGUAGAGUUGUUGUCUCACGUAGGCUUUACUGAAAACGCAAGGUCUCGACAUAGACCAAUGGGAACGAAAGACUUUUUGAGCCUUGAUUUGCAUAACGUGGUUAUAAAAGGCUCAGGUCCGCCCAUUCCUAUACUUCUUUCCUUUGCUAAGCUUUGCUGGUGUUGUAUGUUAUCAUGCCUGAACCGGCAAAAUCUGCUCCGGCUCCUAAGAAGGGCUCGAAGAAAGCCGUCACCAAAGCCCAGAAGAAGGACGGCAAGAAACGCAAGCGCAGCCGCAAGGAGAGCUACUCCAUCUACGUGUACAAGGUGUUGAAGCAGGUCCACCCCGACACUGGCAUCUCGUCGAAGGCCAUGGGCAUCAUGAACUCCUUCGUCAACGACAUCUUCGAGCGCAUCGCCGGCGAGGCGUCCCGCCUGGCGCAUUACAACAAGCGCUCCACCAUCACGUCCCGCGAGAUCCAGACGGCCGUGCGCCUGCUGCUGCCUGGCGAGCUGGCCAAGCACGCCGUGUCCGAGGGCACCAAGGCCGUCACCAAGUACACCAGCUCCAAAUAAAGGAAACUGAGUCUCAGACAGGUUAAGGGACUCAUCCAGGAUGUCUGUGAGCAGCGGAUCUGAAGUCUAAUGCAUACUUUCUAACAGCUUCCUAUCAAGCCCACCCAUAACCUGCCUCUCCCUUCGUUUACAGGUUUGUCUCCCACAGCUCCCUACCCAGAAGUCCUGCUGUAGUUGUUGUGCUCUGUUCCCUUGUUCUAAACCAUUUACUUUUCCCAGGUCUUGACUGAACUGCCCAGAGCUUUCUUUCAAGCCAAGGCCAUGUGUCCCAUGGUCCAGCUCAAAUGCCAUCCCCCCUCUAAUUUUUUAAGACAAAUUUGUGGAGGUAUAAUUAGCAUACAACAAUACCAGGAAUUGAACUCAGGACCUUGCACUUGCCAUGCAGGUGCAGCGCCCCUGAGCUACAUGCCCAGCCCACCAACUGCAUAUUUAAAGCACAACUUGCAGCCAGGCCCCGUGGCGCACACCCAUGAUUCCAGUGCUCCGGAGUCUGCGGUAGGAGGAUCACUGUGAGGGAGUUCAAGGGUAGCCUGGGCUACAUAGUGAGAACCUGUCUCAAACAAAGAAACAGACAAACACCCAGAUGAAUGGCGAAGUAUUGGCAUGUGUACACAAUAGAGUACUGUUCAGGCGCAAAGCAGGAUAACGGAGUCCUUUGUAGAAAAAUAGAGGCGCCUUGAGGCCAUGAUGCUAAGUGAAAUAAACCAGACAUAGA